CAAAUAUCCGCCAAUGAAAUGAACUUAUCGACAAAACGCUACCUCCUUUCUGCGAAGUCAGAUCAUGUGGGAACUUGUGUCGUAAGGUGGAGUGAAAGUACAGCGACGCGUUAAAUGCUCCCACUGUUCUUUGCGAAGGAUUAACCUACGCUAAAGAGAUUACAGGCUCGUGUCCUUAAAGUCACGAUGGCUCCACAUCCUGUAAUUCAGGCGAUCAUCGACUUCUCAGCUGGAGCUGCAGGUGGCACAGCCUGCGUGCUGAGCGGUCAGCCAUUUGACACAGCAAAGGUGAAGAUGCAGACGUUUCCCACAAUGUACCGCGGCUUCAUCCACUGCUUCAUCUCAACAUUCCGGCAGGUGGGACUCCGUGGUCUUUACAAAGGCACAACGCCUGCCCUGAUAGCCAACAUCGCUGAGAACGCGGUGCUCUUCUUGAGUUAUGGGCUCUGCCAGGAUGCCGUCCGCUUUAUGUCAAGGAUGGACAAAGGCGCUGAUCUCAGUGAUCUUCAGAAGGCAUCUGCAGGGUCUUUAGCUUCCAUCUUCUCCUCCAUGGCAAUAUGCCCCACAGAGCUGGUGAAAUGUCGCUUGCAGGCCAUGCAUGAAAUGGAAGCAUCUGGCAAGGUGGCAAGAGGACAGAAAAGCACAGUGUGGACUGUGGUUAAGACCGUGUUGAAGACAGAUGGCCCGUUAGGAUUCUACCAAGGACUGAUGUCCACCUUCAUGAGGGAACUUCCUGGUUACUUCUGCUUCUUUGGAGCCUAUGAGUGGUGUCGGUCCACAUUUGCGCGACACAUGGGCACAAGCAAAGAUGGUAUAGGUAUUCUUCCGCUGAUGUUCAGUGGGGGAUUUGCAGGAGGAUGUCUUUGGUUGGUGGUCUAUCCAAUAGAUUGUAUAAAGUCCAGGAUCCAGGUGUACUCCUUAGCAGGGAGGCAAGAGGGCUUCAUCAAGACCUUCAUGGGUGUUAUACGCACUGAGGGGUUCACUGCUCUGUACUCUGGCUUAACUCCUACAAUGGUGCGCACCUUCCCUGCCAACGGAGCCCUCUUCCUGGCUUAUGAGUUUAGUCGCAAGUUAAUGAUGGAUGCCGCUGGUGCCUGAUGCAAUGGAUCUUUCCAACCAAAGCAAAUAUUUUAAUAAAAAAAAUCCUUAUAACAAGAAAA